AUGACGAUUACAUCUUUCAGCCCCAACUGCUUAAACCAUGGAGCCCUGAUUCACAACAUUAUCCCCGUACCCCACGGUACUGUACUUCCUACUGCUGCGCGGUCCCUCUUUUUCCCCACCUGCUCCGCUAUUCUCACUGCUUGUGAUGUGGAUGUCUUCUUCCCGGUUCAGGCCGACUCGUCCUCAUACGCCAACUACCAAAGCCUCAACUCUCAGCAGCCUGCAAAGAGUGUCAGCGUCGGCGGACCAAAUGCAGUUCUGGAAAUCCGUGCUUGGAAUGCACGAAGCAUGGCUCUAUUUGCAUAUUAG